GAGUAAAGUGUUGAAGUACGGUGCACGUACUGCAGGAAAAGAUUGACAUUUUGUUGCUAUCAGCGCUCGUCAGUCACAGACACAGUCGCACGUAUUAAUAGUACACUAAUUUAUAAUGGUGCUUAACAAAUUUUUGUCUGGAUACGCUCGCCUAGAGCGGGUAGUUAUUUCAGCAGCUUGCUACAUUUAAAUGGGAAAAGGUGCGACCUGUAGUGAAUUCUACCAUGGAUAAUUUUGGCACUUUCAUGGAGUGUUCAUAUAUCCAGGUGUGGCGACCGCAGUAGCUCCGCGAGAUGUGUCGUGCAGCCCGAUGAGCAGUCAGUCCUCGCGUAAACGAUAAAUCCAUGUGAUUCAGUGAUUGGAACCGCGAGCUCCUGGUAGCGGUAUUCCCCGUCUGAGUCUCCCUUUUGGCAACGAAAUCUCGAGUUUCUGCCGCCUUGUGGAGGAAUAACGAAUAGACGUGUUUGCCUUGCCGGCCCUUGCGCCGCUGCUGCUGCAUGAUGGAAGCGCCACCGAUCGAUACAGGGGCAUCCAAUAUUGUCGCUACUGUGUCCGAUUCAGCCUCGUCUGUGGAGAAGCAGAGUGAAAUGCCGCGCGAAUCGAUGCAUGAAACCAUUGCUGACUUUUUCCGCGGACGCUUCGUUUUUGUCACGGGCGGCACGGGUUUCAUCGGGAAAGUGCUGAUUGAGAAGAUUCUACGCUGCUGUCCCGAAGUGGCCGGCGUCUACGUUCUCAUGCGGCCCAAGAAGGAUCGGAGCCCGUUCCAGCGGGGCGAAGAUUUGUGCAGUUGCCCGAUUUUCAAAGCUCUACGGGAUGCACAUCCCCAUUUUACAGAGAAGGUUCUCGUUCUUAGCGGGGACAUCAACGAAGAAGAUUUCGGACUGCACGAAGAUUCGCUGCAGCGCGUCGUCUCCGACGUGUCGGUGGUUUUCCACGCUGCAGCCACUGUUCGUUUCGACGAGCAUCUGAAACAAGCUGUGCGGAUGAACCUGCAAGGUGUACAGAAGUUGCUGCACAUCUGCCGAAAAAUGAAAAAAUUGAAAGCUCUGGUACAUGUAUCUACCGCGUACGCCAACUGCAACCGUAACCACAUCGAGGAAAUCGUUUAUCAGCCCAGCGUCGAUCCAGAACGUUUGAUGGAACUAAUUGACUGGCUGCCGGAUGAUGCAGUACAAGCAAUGACACCGCAUUUGCUGAAGUCAAUGCCAAAUACGUACACAUUCACCAAAGGUCUGGCUGAAUAUUAUAUCUUGAAGCACGGAUCCGACCUUCCACUGGCAAUUGUACGGCCUUCCAUCGUUGGAGCCGCUUGGAAAGAGCCGAUUCCAGGAUGGAUUGAUAACUGCAAUGGUCCCAGUUUGCUUUUCAUAGCGACUGGAAAAGGAUUUCUUAGAUCUAUGAUAGGGGAAGGCAGCGCUGUGGCGGAUGUGGUUCCUGUAGACAUCACCGUUAAUUUAAUGAUAGCUGCGGCAUGGAGAACAUCCCAGUUGGCCGGCACAAGUGGCAUUUCAGAGUUAACAGUCUACAACUGCACAACUGGAUCUGUGAACCCACUGCGAUGGGUCGAUAUAGGAAAUAUAGUGCCUAAUUCCUUCAAGAAAAAUCCAUUAGAACUGGCUUGGCGGCGACCGAACAUGUCUUUCACCACGAACCCGCUCAUGUAUAAUUACUGGACAUCCGUAAGUCAUCUGCUGCCUGCCUACAUAACCGACAUGGUCCUCCGUUUAGUUGGCAAGAAGCCCCGCUUGGUGCGUACAUUCAAUAAAAUUCACAAAGCUGCCGAAUCACUUGGUUAUUUUACAACGAACCAGUGGAAUUGGCCAGGUUUCAAUAUCGCUGCCUUGAUGCAUGAAAUGCAUAAAGGCGACCAGCAGACUUUCUAUCUGGACACACGAGACCUCAACUGGACGUCCUACCUUGAAGAUUACUGUCUCGGGGCCAAACGAUUCAUUUUGCACGAAGAUAUCGACAAUUUACCGAGAGCCCGGCAACAUCUGCGAAGAUUGCAGAUACUGCGCUAUGUGCUAAAUACCGUUUUGAUCGCCAUGCUGUGGCGAUUCCUUGUGGCGAAUUCUCAUUUAGCCGGAGGACUGUGGUAUAUGGUUCUCAAUCUCGUUUUCAAGUUUGUCCGUUUCUUUCGCGUAACGAGCAGCUCUCGGUGAAAAAGAUACGCUUCAUAAUGAAGUGUGGAUUCACCUGUUUCGCAGCUAUCUGAUUCAGAAUAUCGCAGUGGAAUGCAUUUUUCCGGUGAAGUUACACGGCUGCUGACGCUGCUGCCAUGAUGACUUAUCUGGUCUCCUUUUCAUUCCAUGAUUUUGCAGGAGUGAUUCGAAAUGUCUUGUUUCAUAAAUUAUUAUCAGGCAUUCGCAGCUAUUAAAAGUAUGGCUGUUAUGUUGAACAUUUGGAGGAAGUGGCCUUUACGUUAAUGUAAAUGUUUUAUUGUGUACAACACUGUUGUUACAAAUAUUUAAAAGCAAAGUAAAACCACAGAACAAAAUGA